CCGCCAUCAACGAUUUAGGCUUUCGUGAAACCGCUUUCCCCAAGCUUGCAAAAGGAGGGGAGCAAAUGGGGAAACAGCGUCAGAAGGAGAGGCUACAGGGAAAGGGCGACGACGAGCCCAAAGACCACCGUGGUUGGAUAGCGCGAGAGAGGCCCCAGCGUGCGUGCCGACAGAAGCCACCUGGGCAUCACUCGAGCGGGGGCGACAGUAACCCGGGCGAGAGGGGCGGCAGAGGUGGGCAUGGCAAUGGGAAUGGCAAGUUGCUGCCAUCACGCAAGAGAAGGCGAUCGCCUCGAGCCCCCACGGCACAGAAGCCGUCCGGCAAGCGGCAAGGCAGCCCGCCGCGAGAGCCCAUUUCGUGCCAGCAUGACGACCUCCUUAACUUCAUGGCCGACUUCGAUAGGCAGGGCAUCAAUGUGCCGCCGCUGGUGCGGGGGGAUGGUGGGAAUGGCGGUGUCAACGCACACUUUAUCGUUGUGGGUGCGGGAGUUGCUGGUCUGACGGCUGCAGCUAUGCUCAAGAGGAGGGGGUAUCGGGUGAUCGUCUUGGGAGGGAAGGGACAGGUGAGAAACGGAUGAACGAUUGACGACUUGUCCGUCCAGACAGACAUACCAGCGACUUGAUGGAUGUUUGUAUGUUUGAAUGUUUGUAUGUAUGUAUGUGCCUCCCUUCCUUCCUUGUUGUGUUGUUCCUUCCUUCCUUCAGGGUUGGCGGCCGCAUCCACACCAAGACACUUCCUGCCAAAGACAGCCUGCCUGAGACCAAGGUGAGUGAGCCGCAACGCAACACAACAGGCUUUCCGACUCCCUUUGUUCCGCCCGCCUCAUCUACAUGCAGUACACGCACCGCACCGCACCCAUCUGUCUCUGUCUGUGUGUGUGGUGUGGUGCACUCACUGCAGGUGGAUCUCGGCGCCAACUGGCUGCACGUUGCACCAGGAGAUCCGCACUAUCCCUGGGAUUUGGCGGCGGCACUUGGAAUCGAAACUUCUGCUGUGAUGGGUGAGCGAGACAGCGACGCAGCGGUUGUUCGUCGUUUCGCCACCACCAACCACCACCACUAACUAGACCAUCUCUCUCCCCUCCCUGUCAUGCAGGCGGCAAGUGGGAGCCGACCGAGUUUGCGAACUGGUAUGACGAGCAAGGACGGCAGAUACCGCAGGCCAUCAUCAUCAAGUAAGCACAGAUACCCCUCGUGCACCUUCUGUCAGCCCUCCAUGCUCUCCUUCAUGAACGCACCUGUGGUGCUGCAGGGCCCACCUUCUCACUGAGCGGGCGAUGGCACACAUGGUGGCCCAGAAGCACAAGGAGGACCAAGCCACUACAUCGCCAGGACCCUUCCCAGGCCAGCUGGCUGCCCUUCCCCCAUUUCCCCCAUCCGGCAGCAGCUCCUUCCAAGACUGGUUCGGCAUUGCCCUCAACCACGCCCUCAACGAGGAGGCACAGGCGCGGGGGGAGCGGCGACGGGCCGACGAGAGGAAUCGCAACAGGCGCAAGACCAGCCGCGCCCGUGAGCAGGCUGCAUCGCUGGCGGCCGAUCAGGCGGAGAGGGACGAGAGGGAGCUCGAGAUGAUUCGGCAGAUGGGCACCAAGACCGCUCGCGUACGGAUCGGCAUCUUGGCGAGAUCGAUGCCCUUCUCAACUGCAGAUAAUGGCGAUUAUAGUGCAUGUGGGUGA